AUGAAGCGGCAGAACGUGCGCACGCUGGCGCUCAUCGUGUGCACCUUCACCUACCUGCUGGUGGGCGCCGCGGUCUUCGACGCGCUCGAGUCGGAGCCCGAGAUGAUCGAGCGGCAGCGGCUGGAGCUGCGGCAGCAGGAGCUGCGGGCGCGCUACAACCUCAGCCAGGGCGGCUACGAGGAGCUGGAGCGCGUCGUGCUGCGCCUCAAGCCGCACAAGGCCGGCGUGCAGUGGCGCUUCGCCGGCUCCUUCUACUUCGCCAUCACCGUCAUCACCACCAUCGGCUAUGGCCACGCAGCGCCCAGCACCGACGGCGGCAAGGUGUUCUGCAUGUUCUACGCGCUUCUGGGCAUCCCGCUCACGCUCGUCAUGUUCCAGAGCCUGGGCGAGCGCAUCAACACCUUCGUGAAGUACUUGCUGCACCGCGCCAAGAGGGGGCUGGGCAUGCGGCGCGCCGACGUGUCCAUGGCCAACAUGGUGCUCAUCGGCUUCUUCUCGUGCAUCAGCACGCUGUGCAUCGGCGCCGCCGCCUUCUCCUACUACGAGCACUGGACCUUCUUCCAGGCCUACUACUACUGCUUCAUCACGCUCACCACCAUCGGCUUCGGCGACUACGUGGCGCUGCAGAAGGACCAGGCGCUGCAGACGCAGCCGCAGUACGUGGCCUUCAGCUUCGUGUACAUCCUCACGGGCCUCACGGUCAUCGGCGCCUUCCUCAACCUCGUGGUGCUGCGCUUCAUGACCAUGAACGCCGAGGACGAGAAGCGCGACGCCGAGCACCGCGCGCUGCUCACGCGCAACGGGCAGGCGGGCGGGGGCGGCGCGGGCGCGGGCGCGGGCGGGGGCGGCGGCGGCGGCGGGGGCGCGGGUGGCAGCGCGCACACCACGGACUCCGCCUCGUCCACGGCGGCGGCGGGCGGCGGCGGCUUCCGCAACGUGUACGCCGAGGUGCUGCACUUCCAGUCCAUGUGCUCGUGCCUCUGGUACAAGAGCCGCGAGAAGCUGCAGUACUCCAUCCCCAUGAUCAUCCCGCGGGACCUCUCCACGUCCGACACGUGCGUCGAGCAGAGCCACUCGUCGCCGGGAGGGGGCGGCCGCUACAGCGACACGCCCUCGCACCGCUGCCUGUGCAGCGGGGCGCAGCGCUCGGCCAUCAGCUCCGUGUCCACGGGCCUGCACAGCCUGUCCACCUUCCGCGGCCUCAUGAAGCGCAGGAGCUCCGUGUGAACGCCCUGCGGGGCCUGGAGCGCCUGGGGGUGCAGGCGGGGCAGGGGAGGGGGCGCUCCUGCCAGAGGAGCCCCAGGGGUCCUGGAGGAGGCCCCUGGGGCUCCCCCCACGCCCCUCCUCACCCCUCCCCUGACCCCCCCAUCUCCAACUGUGCCUGCUCGUGCACCAGCCGGCAGGAGCCCGGGCUCUGAGGAUGUCUCAGGACAUCCGUGCCCUGCAAAUUCCGAGAAAUGUGAAAUUCGGGGGGUGGGGGUGGGGGAGGGAAGGCAGAAGCUGGGAGCCUCCCGUCCCUCUGGAAAUCGAAGGAGCUCCCCAGUUCUCAGAGGCCCUGCUGGUACCCAGACCACCCCCACCCUCCUCCUCCAUCCGGAGGGAACUUCGUGUUCCGUGUAAGUUUGCAUCUCUAUUUAUACCUCUGUCCUGCCAGGUCUCCCACCUUCCCGAGGCUCCAAAAGCCAAGGUGUCUUUGUUCAGGUCACCCCCACUCAGCCCCACUCCCCUUCCCCAUCCCCAGCUGUGUCUCCCAACCUCCCACUACCUUUUGUGUUGUUUUGCAUGGCUUCGCAGUUAUGGAGAAAGUGGAAAGCCAGCAGUCCCUAGAGCUAGUCCCCAGAAGGCAGGCCGACUGAAACAAGGACAGGCAGGCUGCAGGAGGGACAGGGAAGCGAGGGGGAGGUAGUGGCCCUCCAGGCUGCAGGGUGGUCUAGUGGUAGGUGAGAGUUUACUGGCCUCCAGCCCACAUAGGGGUGAGAGAAGUCCAGCCUCAGACACUGCCCUUAGAAUUGAACAGAAAACUUCAUACUUGCCAUCCCCGGCCACUGCUGACAACAACCAACUCUUAAAUCUGUGGAAUGAGUUUAGCCUCUGAAAACCCUGUCCUGACUAUUCAUUCGCUUGAUUCUCACAAUGCCCCGGUUAGGUCACCAGGGCAGGAGUUCUCAGCCCCAUUUUACAGAUGACACUGACUCCCAGACAGGGGAAGUGAGUUGCCCGAGGUGACGCAGAUAGCAAAAGGCACAGGGGAACAAGAACCCAGGCUGCUUGUUCUAAGCCUCAGCGCCCUUUCCUUCUGACUCCUCUGCCCACUGUUGAAAGCAGAGCUCCUGCCCUGCACACCCAGGCACUGUGUGAGCCAUGGGGGCUUAAACCAGAGGCAGACCCCAGGACUGAGCCAUUGUUGGGGCUCAGCAUCUACGCCACUUGGCAGGGAGCCAGGGGCUCUGGAUGGGACCCUGAGGUGGGCAGGGCCCCUCAGUCUCUGGACUGCCUGCUCACAAACAAGGAAGCAGGGCUGAGGCUCAUGGAAGAAAGCCAGGCUCCUGGCUGGGGCUCUAGGGGGUUGGGAAUUGGGUAGAAUGAGCUAGAGAACUGUCAAGCAUAUCCUACUGGGACAUUAUGCCUGGCUCUACAGCCAGUGAUGGUGCCUGGGUCCCAGGUAGCUGGAGAUAAAUUAAGGCUGCAGCAAGGGACGCCCCUCCCAGGUAGGGAGUUUGGACCUGAUGUGCCCACUGCCGACCCCACCUGCAACCAGAAACCCUGACACAGAGCAGAGAUGGAGGUGAGACCCUAGACUCCACUGUUGGGAUCCACAGCUGGAGCUGGAACUGUCUCAGGGCAGCAUCGAGGGGCGGGUGAGGGGCCUUCCCCCACUCAAGACUGCCCUCCUGUGUUGUGCCCAUGUCAGCGCCCUACCACUGCUGAGCAAGGCCAGUCCUGGUAUUCAGAGAAGCUGGGGUGGGGGACCCAGAGGGUGCUCAGCCUCGGCUGCACCCCAGCUGCGUGCUCCAGCCUCUGGGAACCCCUGAAAGACAAGACGUCUGGCCUGUGUGUCAGUCCUGUCUCGGUGUGGAGGAGCUGGCUGCCCAGGUGCCAAGGAGAAGAGGGCCCGGGACCCAGGGGUGCCCUCUGUGUUUAUGUGUGGGGCUGGGGGGCAGUGCUGGCUGCCUCUGUCCUGUGUGUGACCCUGCCCUCGAGGGGUCCUGUCCCGUCAGUCCCGAGGGAGCCACAACCAAAGUUGCAGGGAGAUGGUGAGGAAGGAGGCCAAACAGUCCUCAGCAGAGCAUGGCAGACUGCUCGGUCUCCAGCUGGGUCUUUCCCAGGGAGCUGGAAGGCCGAUGUUGCUUCCCCCCCCUCACGCCCUCCCACUGCAGGCAGCCUUUCUGCUUCCCCAAUGCCUUAUGCCUGGGCACACUGCCACAGAAUAUGCAAUACAUGUGGGUGACAUGCCCCCACGCCCACGCCCCACCCCGGGCAGCCCCUGGACCCCAAAGGCUAUGGCUGCCACGGCCUCCCUUCCUCCCCUCCUGCCUAUCUGUCUUCACACUGAGAAUGGCGUCUAA